CCUAGGCGACCGUCAAGAGGUUAAUGCUAUUGGGAGCUGUGGAAAAAAACUAUAUUUUCCAAAGAGGAACUACAAUCCCCAAACCCCCUUGUUCAAAGCCGACCGAAAACAGAAAGCGGAAACAACAGAGAACCACAAACACACACCCUUGUCUUGGCGAUCUACUCAGGGAAAUAAAAUACCUUUACCUUUUAAGCAAUACUAUUAAAGUAGACAUCUAAGAAAAUACCAAGUCGACAAGUACUUAGUGGCAUUUGACUAAGUUGGUCACCAUGGCGCUGAAAAGAAUACAGAAGGAGCUUCAUGACCUGCAGAGGGACCCGCCAGCACAGUGCUCUGCUGGACCCGUGGGAGAGGACUUGUUCCAUUGGCAAGCAACAAUAAUGGGGCCAGGUGAUAGUCCAUACCAAAGUGGGGUCUUCUUUCUCACAAUCCACUUCCCCACCGACUAUCCCUUCAAGCCACCAAAGGUAGCGUUCACAACGAAGAUUUAUCAUCCGAACAUCAACAGUAACGGCAGCAUUUGCUUGGACAUCUUGCGAUCCCAGUGGUCUCCAGCAUUGACUGUAUCAAAAGUUCUGUUGUCCAUAUGUUCGUUGCUCUGUGACCCGAACCCAGACGACCCCCUAGUUCCAGACAUAGCACAGAUCUACAAACUAGACAAAGAGAAAUACAACAGACUAGCAAGAGAUUGGACCCAGAAGUAUGCAAUGUAAAGGCCCUCCUGAAGAUUUUUUUUAAAGUCACAAAACACUGUACAUUCUGGUAAUAGAAAGUAAACUUAGGUGAUAUGGAACACAUUGUACUGUCAACAUUUAUCAUGUGAACCCAUGAACUAUAGAUGAUUUUGUGUUUACAGGGGGUAUACACUGCACAUAUGUACAUUAAGGGUGAUAUAGGGUGACAGAUAUGGGGAACAACAACUGUACAUUGUUGUUAUCCCUACUUCCUGGUUUUGGGAACAUUUGUUUCUCGUCUCAUGAAUGGAAGAGGAAGUCAUUAGAAUACUGUAGCCCACGGUUACAUUCAGAAUACUGUAGCCUGCUGUUCCAGUCAUCAGAAUACUGUAGCCUGCUGUUCCAGUCAUCGGAAUACUGUGGCCUGCUGUUCCAGUCAUCGGAAUACUGUGGCCUGCUGUUCCAGUCAUCGGAAUACUGUGGCCUGCUGUUCCAGUCAUCAGAAUACUGUGGCCUGCUGUUCCAGUCAUCAGAAUACUGUGGCCUGCUGUUCCAGUCAUCAGAAUACUGUAGCCUGCUGUUCCAGUACAACAUACUCAUGGCUCUGUUGACUGUCACCCAUAAAGAGGGAAAUUGAGGAAUUGUAUCAAACUUCUGGAACUACUUUAGUUGUUUUAGCAUUAAGUCAGUAGUUGUAUCAUUAAAACAUUGAAAUACAUACUCUGCAAAUAACAGUGAUUUAGGGUCUUCAAUUAUGGCUAUGGCUAAUGCUGUUUAGCACUUUUGUAUAAUUAAAGAAUGGUACACUUUU